AUGUCGACCGAUACCACCAAAAAGACCGAGAGAAAGAAGCCAGCCGCUCGUAAGACCCCAGUAGCAAUUGUACUACCAUCUGCUACUCGCACUCGUACCAUUACUCCACCAAAGCGUCUUGGAUAUCCAGAAGAAUCAGAGACCGCCACUGUCAAGAGAGCAGUUGUCAAGCCAAAGGCUACCAAGAAAGCAACUACCACCAAAGCAAAGGCAACAGUUACCAAGGCAAAGGCAAGCACCACCAAGGCAAAGAAAUCUGCCACCAAAUCAACCAAGAAGACCAAGGCAUCAAAGUAA